UCGUUGACAGCUGACCGGGUUAUAAUUCAUGCCAACUUGAUGGUCGCCAUUCUGUUUGUCGAUAUCAUCUUCUUUGCCGGCAUCAAUCCUAUUGAAAUUGAGUAUGCAUGCAAGGCAUAUGCCUUCAUCCUGCACUACUUCUCCCUAGCAUUGAUGUUCUGGAUGCUUGUCGAAGGUGUACACCUCUAUCGUCAAAUCAUCCAAGUUUUUGACUCUGGUAAUCCUCGAACUUGGGUUUAUGGAAUCUUAGGAUGGGGUGGUCCAGCCGUGAUACUCAUCAUAACUGGAGGCGUAAAGCAUCAAAGCUAUGGCUAUGAACGAAGUUGCUGGCUGAAUCCAACAGAUGGGACAAUCUGGGCAUUCACUGGCCCGGCUAUUGCAAUCGUACUCGUCAACGUAGUUAUUCUCCUACUGGUUGUAAAGACAGUUGUGUCUGCAUCUCGAGGUCAACUUGACAACGAUAAGAUGAAGCAAAUCAAGUAA